GACCAAUUGAAGAUUUAGAUGCUAUUUAAAAAAUGUGGCAAUUUUUAGGAAAAAAUAGCACAGGAAUAUAAAUGAAUUUUAGGAGAGGGAAUAAUAAUUGGAAUCUAACUUAAGAAAAUCAUGCUGCAUUUGUUGUGCUGCCAAUAAAACAAAGACAAUAAAAACAAUUGUCUGCAUGCUGCUAAUUGUAACUUCAGUCUGCAGCCCACCUGAAAUUGACUUUGGAAGAAUUGAAAUGAAUAAACAAAAGGAAUAUCUGGAAAAUGACAGAAUACAAUAUAACUGUCAUCCUGGGUAUGAUUUGGAAGGGUCUGACUGGAUAACAUGUAAAAAAGAAGGAUGGAUACCACCACCAAAGUGUUUCGCACCCUGUAUUCUCACAAAACAGCAGCUUGAUGAUAGAAAUCUUCUUUUGAAUGAUGGACAACGGCAUUCAGAAUGGAUAAGAAAUGGGCAUACAAUAGAAUUUACAUGCAGGAAAGGAUAUUCCAUUGUAUCUCCUUCUGUCAGAAAGUGUGUUGAUGGGAAUUUAACUUUACCUUCCUGUAAUUCUUCUGAGACUUCUAUUGCGGCUGCUUUCACUUCUAGGAGACUGCUACCACUAGUAUUGAAUUCCUCUUCACAAGUCAUUUGCCCUGCUCCUCGAAUAGAAAAUGGUAGCUUUUUCCCUCUGUGGAUGAGUUACAACAUUGAAGACAUAAUCUACACAACAUGUAAACCAGGAUAUAUGCUUGAAAGUCAUAAAAAUUCCUCUAAAUGCACCAAAGGUGGCUGGUUGCCAAAUCCAAAAUGUGUCAGAAAACAGUGUGACUUUCCUCAUAUAGAGAAUGGAGCACUAUCCUGGUCCAACAUAUAUUAUAGUGAUGUCUCUUUUCCCAAAAAAGUGGGGCAAACAAUUGGUUUCAAAUGUAAUCAUGGUUUUCUGCCAAGAAAUAAAAAGCAUUGGGAUAGAAUCAAAUGCACUAAUUUUGGCUGGGAUCCAGAACCACAAUGUUAUAAACAGUGCAUUCCUCCUAAACACUUGCCACAUGGUCGUGUGACUUAUAACUAUGGGAAUACUUUCAUAGACGGUGAUGAGAUUUCAUUUAAUUGCGAUAUGGGAUAUUAUCCUGAACACCAUUUACCAAUAGCCACAUGCAGAAAUAAUGACUGGUUCCCCACUCUGAACUGUGUCUCUACAGGGUUUUCAAGAAUGUCUGGGACACUGAGAAAAAAAGGAACUGAAAGUAGCAGAUGAUAUUGAUCCAUCAACAGGGUGAAAGACAGUUCACCCAGUCUCCUCUUUCUUCUCCAAACACUCUAGAAGAAUGAGAGGUAGCAGCCUCCGCUUUCUAAAUCUAUUUUGAUAGCUUAUUAUAUAGAGGCCAUAGGCAGAAUCCUACUGGAGAAAGAUUUAACUUUAAAAACUUAGUCACACCUGUAUAAUAAACUCAAGGCAAUCCAUGGUUUAUAAAUCUGAGAUGUACAGCACAGAAGACACAACUUACAACAAAUAGGUCCAAGAUUCAUUGAUCCUUUGUAUCAUCGCUUUGUAUCUUUAUUUACUGCUUUCUAUUUGUUUUAAUAAUAACUGAAUUAAGUGGACCUGUUUUCAAAUGCAUUUAAUUAUCUUUAUUUUGUGCCAUUUUGGUUGCAUAAAGAAAUAACCAGCUUUGGAUUUUAGAUGUUUAUCAAUAGACUCACAUCGCUAUAAUGCCUUUUACUAGUUAAUGAAUCCCCUGGAACUUUUAUUAAAUGUCUUAUAUCAAUAUAUAUAUUUCUCUUCCGUAAUUAUAGAUAACAUAGUCUAGAUAUAAGGUACUUGCUGUUUUUCCUAUUAAGCAUGUGUGAACACUCUGCCAGUUAUUCAAGCAUAUGUCAUUUGAAAUAAUGGUGAACUCCAAGCACAUUUUUUUUUGUAAAAUAAAACCAGGACUCUGUAGUGAAUGUUUUUAUUCCAUUCUCAUCUGAAAGAUGACUUUACAAAAGCUGAAUUACAGAACAGUAUAACCUAUGUCAUUUUCCCCAUCUCCAACUCUACAGAUUCAUAUAGAUGAAGAAGUUUUUAGUAGGUGAAUUUUACCAGCAUUUAAAUAAUACUGGUAUACAUAUUCACAUCUGUUUUUAUAUUGUAUGUAUUUGUAUAUACAGAUACACACUGUUAAUUUGUCUUGUGAGAAACAGAUAUAUUUUCUGAAAUAAAUAUGUUAAAAGCAACAGCAAGCUUUAUUUACCAUUUUGAGGAUCUCAAACAUCUUAUGAAUUAAAGCUUUGUAUAACGAAAUCUACUUAUAGCAGAAAAUCCAGCUAAUUGAUUGUUUUAUGGUGGAAAUCUUCCUCUGCCUGCAGACAUGUUGUCUUGCCAGUGUAUAAUGUGCUUAACUAAUAGUACUUUUAUUGUUGUUGUUAUUCUAGUAUCUCAGGUGUCUCCGAAGCUGAAAAUGCUGCUGGUCCAACCAACGUUAUUAAUAAAUGUUAUAACUAA